CCCGGGUGGUGGGGGUUGCUGCAUCCGCCAUCUUGGGUUCCGCGGUAGCGGUGGCGGCAGGGGGGCGCCGCUUCUGGGGAGUGGCCCUUCCCUCCCCUUCCUCCUCGGGCUCGGUGGCGGCAGCUCCUCCCACUGGCGGGGGGGGUGGCGCGGCGGCGGUGGCAUCUAGGCCAUGGCGGCGACGACUGCUAACCCUGAAAUGACAUCAGAUGUACCAUCGAUAGGUCCAGCUAUUGCUUCUGGAAACCCUGCCCCUGGGAUGCAAGGUGGAGGAGCCAUUGUCCAGAGAGCUAUUAAGCGGCGACCAGGGCUGGAUUUUGAUGAUGAUGGGGAAGGGAACAAUAAAUUUUUGAGGUGUGAUGAUGAUCAGAUGUCUAAUGAUAAGGAGCGGUUUGCCAGGUCGGAUGAUGAGCAGAGCUCUGCGGAUAAAGAGAGACUUGCCAGGGAAAAUCAUAGUGAAAUUGAACGGCGACGCCGGAACAAGAUGACAGCUUACAUCACUGAACUGUCAGACAUGGUACCCACCUGUAGUGCCCUGGCUCGAAAACCAGACAAGCUAACCAUCUUACGCAUGGCAGUUUCUCACAUGAAGUCCUUGAGGGGAACUGGCAACACAUCCACUGAUGGCUCCUACAAGCCGUCUUUCCUCACUGAUCAGGAACUGAAACAUUUGAUCUUGGAGGCAGCAGAUGGCUUUCUGUUCAUUGUCUCUUGUGAGACAGGACGGGUGGUAUAUGUCUCUGAUUCAGUGACUCCUGUUUUGAACCAGCCACAGUCUGAAUGGUUUGGCAGCACACUUUAUGAUCAGGUGCAUCCAGAUGAUGUGGAUAAACUUCGGGAGCAGCUUUCCACAUCAGAGAAUGCCCUGACAGGGCGUAUCCUGGAUCUAAAGACUGGAACAGUGAAAAAGGAAGGUCAACAGUCUUCUAUGAGAAUGUGUAUGGGUUCAAGGAGAUCAUUCAUUUGCCGAAUGAGGUGUGGCAGUAGCUCUGUGGACUCAGUCUCCAUGAAUAGAUUGAGCUUUGUGAGGAACAGAUGCAGGAAUGGACUUGGCUCUGUGAAGGAUGGGGAGCCCCAUUUUGUUGUGGUCCACUGCACAGGCUAUAUCAAGGCCUGGCCUCCAGCAGGUGUUUCCCUCCCAGAUGAUGACCCAGAAGCUGGCCAAGGAAGCAAGUUUUGCCUAGUGGCCAUUGGCAGAUUGCAGGUAACUAGUUCUCCCAACUGUGCAGACAUGAGUAAUGUUUGCCAACCAACCGAGUUCAUCUCCCGACACAACAUUGAGGGGAUAUUCACUUUUGUAGAUCAUCGUUGUGUGGCUACUGUUGGCUACCAGCCACAGGAACUCUUAGGAAAGAAUAUUGUAGAAUUCUGUCAUCCUGAAGAUCAACAGCUUCUAAGAGAUAGCUUUCAACAGGUAGUGAAGUUAAAAGGCCAGGUGCUGUCUGUCAUGUUCCGGUUUCGAUCUAAGAACCGAGAGUGGCUCUGGAUGAGAACCAGCUCCUUUACUUUCCAGAACCCUUACUCUGAUGAAAUUGAGUACAUCAUCUGUACCAACACCAAUGUGAAGAAUUCUAGCCAGGAACCACGGCCUACACUCUCCAACACAAUCCAGAGAUCACAACUAGGUCCCACAACUAAUUUAACCCUAGAAAUGGGCCCAGGGCAACUGGCACCCAGGCAGCAGCAACAGCAAACAGAAUUGGAUGUGGUACCAGGAAGAGAUGGUCUAGCCAGCUACAAUCAUUCCCAGGUUUCUGUGCAGCCUGUGACAACUACAGGGCCAGAACACAGCAAGCCUCUUGAGAAGUCAGAUGGUUUAUUUACCCAGGAUAGAGAUCCAAGAUACUCAGAAAUAUAUUCCAACAUCGGUGCAGAUCAGAGUAAAGGCAUCUCUUCCAGCACUGUCCCUGCUACCCAACAGCUAUUCUCCCAGGGCAACUCAUUCCCUCCUACCCCCCGGCCGGCAGAGAAUUUCAGGAAUAGUGGUCUGGCCCCUCCUGUAACCAUUGUCCAGCCAUCAUCUUCUGCAGGGCAAAUGUUAGCCCAGAUUUCCCGCCACUCCAACCCUACCCAGGGAGCAGCCCCAACUUGGACCCCUAGCACCCGCCCAGGCUUCUCUGCCCAGCAGGUGGCUACUCAGGCUACAGCCAAAACUCGUUCUUCCCAAUUUGGUGUGGGCAACUUUCAGACUUCAUCCUCUUUCAGUCCUAUGUCUCUUCCUGGUGCUCCCACUGCUUCACCCGGUGCUGCUGCCUAUCCUAAUCUGGCCAAUCGUGGAUCCAACUUUGCUCCUGAGACUGGACAGACUGCAGGACAAUUCCAGACACGGACAGCAGAGGGUGUGGGUGUCUGGCCACAGUGGCAAGGCCAGCAGCCUCAUCAUCGUUCGAGUACUAGCGAGCAACAUGUUCAGCAGCCAUCAGCACAACAACCUAGCCAGCCUGAGGUCUUCCAGGAGAUGCUGUCCAUGCUGGGAGAACAGAGCAACAGCUACAACAAUGAAGAAUUUCCUGAUCUAACUAUGUUUCCCUCCUUUUCAGAAUAGAACUAUUGGGGUGAGGAUAAGGGGUGGGGGAGAAAAUCACUGUUUGUUUUUUAAAAGCAAAACUUUUGUAAACAGAAUAAAAGUUCCUCUCCCUUCCCUUCCCUCA